GCAUUCUAGUAUCCCGGUUCCUCCGAACUUUUCUUCAUCAAAAUCUUCCCAGUACUAGAAAACACCAUGAUAAGUUCUAAGAAACUUAUCAAAAUGGUAAGGAAGUGGCAGAAGCUAACUAUCACCAGACGAAGAAGACUCCUGUUGCCAAGAAUAAUCAUGGGUGUGGAAGUAGAUGCCUUCAACACAUCAAUGGCUUAUCAGGGUCACUUUACUGUGUACACUGUUGAUCAGAAACGCUUCGUGAUUCCCUUGCCAUAUCUUAACAAUGACAUCUUCAGAGAGCUUUUUAAUAUGGCAGAAGAGGAGUUUGGACUGCCCACUGAUGGGCCUAUAACACUGCCAUGUGAUGCGUGGUUCAUAGAGUAUGCAGUUGCUUUGAUCCAAAUGCAUGCAGCUAAAGAUCUCGAAGCAUUACUUCUGUCGAUACUGACAACGAACCGCUGCUUAUCAUCUUCUUCAUACAGUCAACAAGAACAAACAAAUCAACAAGCACUAAUAUGUACUUUCUAAAGAAAACCGUGUUUUGAUCUUGUAUAUUCUUAAACACAAUUCUAGCUUAUUCACCCAAUGAAAAGCUUCCAGAAUUUCUUGCACCUUUGAUUGUUCUUUUCUAAUAGAAAAGUAGUACUUAUGAGCUCA